CUGCCAACUACCAAGUACCUUGUAUCUUGGUCCGACAGGGAAACUUGUCCAAGAGGAAGUACUCCCGUGUCAAACAUCAUCACCGUCGGGGACUAUUGAUGAGAAGUUUCAAUCCGAGUUGCUUCUCUGACGUCAUUGACGGAAGAGAGGUCACAGCACUGGGAGACCGAUGAAGGCUACAUCGACAUGGAGCCCGAAAUACCGCAUGAUUUUGGGCUCCUUGCUAUUAUUUCUCAUCUCUUGAUGAAAAAAUUCCGCACAUAUUUCUUGGUGGCGUCAUUUUCUGAUCAUGGUCGGGGCGUACGGUAAAAGGAUCGGGCAAGAGGAAUGAGUACGGCAUUGCUCCGCGGCGAAGCGGAAGAAAGGUUUCAUCUUCACAUAUCCAGUGAUCCAAGUUGCGGAAAAUCCACUCCCCGCAAAAGCUCUAGAGAUUUGCGCGUCAUGAAUGAUGCGCGUCUGGAUUCGAUUUACAAAGCUUUCUUGACGGGUAGAGUCAGUCAACUACGUCACCCAACUGAUAUCCACAUUUAGCUAGCAAAUCGCCAAAACCCACUGGUGGCAACCUACGUCCUCUGUUAUCGAGUAAAGGGGGUAAGGUAUGUGAAUACAAUGCCUAGCAAGCCUGGUGGUACCAUGCUAUCAGCCGGUAUAUAUAAGAAGAGACUCCGGCGGUCCUGAUCGUGGUUAUGUUUGGGAUUUAGGAUUCACCUUUUCUUUUUUUAAUCUACAGAUAAGCAAAUACUUGAUCGUCAUCCAGACACUGAUCAUUAUCGCAUCAGCUCGAUCCUUUUAUUUCUUAACACCCAGAAGAGCAUAUUCCAGUCAUCAGUACCACAACUUCUUAAAAUGGGUUACCCAGAGACUUUCGAGGGCUUCUGCGUCGAUUCUCCCAAGACGUGGAACAAGUUUUCCAAGCAGGAGCUCAAGCCCAAGCCCUUUGAGGACUACGACAUCGACGUGGAGAUCGCAGCGUGCGGUGUGUGCGGUUCAGACAUCCACACUCUCACGGGCGGCUGGGGUGACUUUCAAGGCCCACUCUGCGUCGGCCAUGAGGUGGUCGGUCGCGCCGUCCGGGUGGGCAGCAAGGUCCGGUCCGAGAUCAAGGAGGGCGACCGCGUCGGCGUGGGUGCGCAGGUCUGGGCCUGCCUCAAAUGCAAGGUCUGCGAGAGCAAGAACGAAAACUACUGCCCGCACAUGGUGGACACGUACAAUGCAAAGUAUGAGGACGGCAGCAGCGCCCACGGCGGCUACGCCAGCCACAUCCGUGCGCACGAGUACUUUACCUUUAAGAUUCCCGACGGGCUAGAGACUGAGAUUGCUGCGCCGUUGCUCUGUGCCGGAAUCACGGUCUACUCCCCCCUGUUCCGCGCCGGAGUCGGGCCAGGAAAGAAGGUCGCCGUCGUCGGCAUCGGCGGUCUGGGCCACCUGGGUGUGCAGUUCUCCAAGGCCCUCGGCGCCGAGACGUACGCCAUCACGCACUCCAAGAACAAGGUCGAGGACGCAAAGAAGCUGGGUGCGAAGGAGGUUAUUGUCAGCUCUGAUAAGGACUGGCACAAGCCCUACGCCUUCACAUUUGACUUUAUCCUCAACGCCGCCGACGCCCUGGACCAGUUCGAUCUCCCUGCCUAUAUGUCGACGCUCAACAUAGAGGGCCAGUUCCACACCGUCGGCAUCUCGGACAAGCCCGUGCCCCAGCUCACUGCAUUCGCCUUUGCCCCCAACGCCGCCAAGCUGACCGGCAGCCACCUCGGCAACCACCAAGAGAUGGAUGCCAUGUUGAAACUGGCCGCCGAGAAGAACGUCAAGCCGUGGGUCGAGACGAUCGACGUAUCGGAAGAGGGCUGUAAGAAGGCCGUCGAGGGCGUCAAGGAUAACAAGGUCCGUUAUAGGUACACACUGACUGGCUUUGACAAGGCGUUUAGCCGUUGAGACAUAUAUAGAUGUCUUUUGUAUUUGAUGGAAGGAAUGUAAAUGUAGCAGUGAUGAUACCUUUAGUAUAAUAAUUGACUUUGGUUUCAAUAAAGACAAGAGGAAAAAUGUGAGAAGGUCCGAUAUCACAAAACAUGUAACGUGUAGCGGUUAUGCGAUCGGGUUAUGGAAGAUGUGUUUAACAGUGUACAAUCCAAUACAAAUUGUCAUUUUAAUCUAUGUAGACCUAUCAGUGUUGAACAAAACAAUCAGUCC